AUGGCUCCUCAACCCCCACCUUACGGAUCACAAGAGUAUUGGAACCAGCGUUUUUCCUCAAAUACGGACACAUUCGAGUGGCUCGAGACACCAGACACCCUGGAAAGGUACAUAUCAGACGCCUUGUCAACUUCACAAGAUGAAGACCCGCAAGUGUUACACGUUGGAUGUGGUACCUCAUCACUGUGGUUUUGUAUGGGCGGAGAUGGGGAGAGUUGCUGGGGAUUGUACACGGUAUACAAAUCUCAAGGCUAG